AUGGCUUCCAACCAGAGGCCUCGAGCCUUUCUCGACGUGAACAUCGGCGCCCAACCAGCAGGUAGACUGACGAUAGAGCUCUUCACCGAUCAGGCACCGAGAACAUGCGAGAACUUCCGACAGCUAUGCACCGGCGAGCACGACGGGCUGUCAUACGCGAAGUCGCCCUUUCACCGAGUCAUCGACGAGUUCAUGAUACAAGGUGGAGACAUUGAGAAGGGCGACGGGACCGGCACAGUCAGCAUAUAUGGUCGAGAGUACGAAGAUGAGAACCUAGGCUGGCGGGACAUGGACGCGGCAGGUCUUGUAUGCUCAGCGAACAGAGGCAAGGAUACGAACGGCAGUCAGUACGGCAGCAUCACAACACGGUUCUUUAUUACCCUCGAAGCCUGCCCUCACCUGAACGGAAAGCAUACGAUAGUUGGAAGAGUAGUGUCUGGUGAGGAGACGUUGAAGAGCAUCGCAGCCGUAGACACGGAUAACAAAGAUCGACCCAUAGAGCCUGUGCUUGUCUCACGCUGCGGUGAGCUGGAGAGGCAAAAGAAGAUGGCACGAUCAGUGGUCAAACCCUCUACAGAGGCUGAAAGUCGCGACAGAGGUCGCACAAGGCGAAGCGCCAGUGGUGAUGUCGAAAUGGAGAACAGCCCGGUACCGCCUAGCAGACCCCAUUACCACCGCCGAACGAGCGACAACGCGGUAGACGAAGGUAUACGAGGCCGUCCUCGGCAGCGCUCGGGAUCACGUUCCCCUUCACGACCACUCUCGCCACCGACUGAAGAAGACAUGAGCGACAGAAGCUCGCCAGCGAAGAAACACAAGCGCAAGCGCAGCCCUUCGCCGAGUCGCCAUGCGGAUGGAACAGGCAACUACGAGCGGAGGCGAAGGAGCCUACCGAACCAGUAUGACGAUGAGAGGCUGAAGAUGACUUCCACUGAAGAUGACAAUCGGUACAAACCAAGCCCACGCCGCGACGACUACCGCCAUCAAGGCCGAAGAGAGGACGAUCGAUACCGACCUGCAGCGGCUCGGGAUCGAAAGCAUCGCAACAACGAUGGCCGGCUCGGCGAUGGAAGACUCGGCGGAGGAGGAGGAGGAGGAGGAGGAGGAUACGAUGGUUACGAUCCGCCGGUCAAGUUCAAAGGACGUGGCGUGAUGAAGUACCGAGGGUGA